GUAGGAAAGAAUCUGAAUGCAGAUAUAGAAGUGCUUCCAGCCAUACGUGUUGCUCACCCUGACUGUCAGUUUAUUCUUGAUGCUAACGAAGUGUAUAACUCCGACGAAGCAGUGGAAGUUCUCGAGAAAUUACACAAAAUUGGGUUAACACCUAUUUUAUUUGAGCAACCAGUUCACAGAGAUGAUUGGGAUGGUCUUGGAUAUGUGAGUGUAACAUAGCAAGAGAAAAAUAUGGAGUAUCUGUUGCAGCUGAUGAGAGUUGCAAAAGUUUAGUUGAUGUUUACAGAAUAGUUGAAGGGAAUAUUGUAGAUGUGAUUAACAUUAAGCUUGCUAAAGUUGGAGUUAUAGGUGCAAUGGAUAUGAUUAAAAAAGCAAGUUCAGCAGGAUUGCAUUUGAUGAUUGGUGGUAUGGUUGAGACAAGACUUGCUAUGGGAUUUGCUGGUCAUCUUGCUGCUGGCCUUGGAUGCUUUAAAACCAGCUCUCUUCUUUCUUAGAGUCAUCGGUCUGUGCUGGUAAAUCAACAGUUCCCGAAGACCUUCAACUUUCGUCAAUGUUUUGCUCUCGGCAACAUCAGUGCUGGUAAAUCCUAAUUGGACAUCGAGUUUUGGGAGGACUUGAUGAAAUGGUUUCUUUCUAUGGAAUGUGCACUUUUUCGCUAUCGUUUUCGUUUUCUAACUACUGAAGCUCAGAGGGCAAUCAUGGACGAAUUUGACAUAACUUACAAGGAUGAGAUUGCUGCACUGGGAGGGAAAACUGCUACUGGAAUUAAUGUUUUCAGCGCCUUCGACGAUAGACUCAAAGAGAUACGAGAGUAUAAUAGGAAGCAUCCGGUUGCACGUGUUGUUGAUGCUAAUGACGAUUCUGAAGCUAUUCUUAAAGAGGAACCUCAAAUUGAGUUCAGUGGAGAGCUGUCGAUGAUAUUCAAUCGAAGUUCUCUUACAAUGGGAAGUCCUGACAUAAAGCAGUAUUUGAAUACUCGUGAUCCAAGAGGGACAGAUUGGCUACAAGCCGAAUGUGAUGUUUCAAUUCGUGGAGGAUGGUUUUGGCAUAAAUCAGAAUCACCAAAAAAACUAAGGUUGGAAUUGUUUAUUAUGGUAGACAAUCUCCUGGUGGACACAAUGUUAUUUGGGGUCUUCACUCUGCUCUCAAUAUUCACAACUCUAAGAGUGUGUUUGGAUGAGGUGGUUCAGAAGGUUUAUUUGCCCAAAAAACAUUGGAGAUAACUGACAGUGUUCUCACCACAUAAAAAAAUCAAGGGUGGCUUAGGAAAAUGAAGCAGUUGUUCUGAUUAACCAAUCAUUUGUCAUAGAUUUUUUUAACCUUUUAUUAUUGGACUUAAGUUGUUUCUUUAUUAGGUGGCUAUGAUUUUCUUGGGCGUACAAAAGAUCAAAUUAAGACCACUAAACAAGUCAAUGUCGCACUUGCUGCAUGCAACAAGAAGCAAUUGGAUUUUGGCCAAAGGAUCAAGAGCUAUGAAAUUUAUGUGGAUGGUAAGUUAAUAAUUCAAGUUAUAACAGUUGGUGUCAAGAGGCUUCAUAGGCUGGAUGGAGAUAUUGUGCAUGCUCAUGUUAUGAGGAUUAGAUUCAUAGAGGCUAGAGGAGUUCCUCUUAUUUCUUCUAUUGGUUUGUAUUUUGAUUCUUUUUGGUAUUCAAGGUUUACCGCGACAUGAUAGUAGCAAUUGCUUCAUCAAAAGCAUUGGAAAAUUGUGCUACUUCUCUUAUACUAUUCUAAUAUUUAAAUAUUAAAAAAAAUUAGAUUUCAAAAUGCAUUGGUAAUUUCUCUUAUACUGUUCCAUCUUUGUUGCAAUAUGUUUAAUAUUCCAGUGACACGAUACAAUACAUCCAUUUAAAUAAUGCUUUUCUUUCAAAACAAAAAAUAAAUUUGAAGAAAAAAUUGUAUUUAUUCUUUGUGACUCAUCACCACCUCUUUAAGUAUAUUAAAAACUUAAUAGAAAAUGU